AUGGUCACUCAGUCCCCAGCCCCCGCAGUCUGGAACACAGUGACUGUGUUCAAAACUGUCAGAUGUUUUACAAGCGACUCGCGUCACCGAAGCAGUCACAGACAUUACGCCUCAUCAGCGCAUAAAACACGCAUCGGAUGCGCAUCGGGGUUUUGGGGCGAUACUGCAACCUCAGUUCCUCAGCUCAUAUAUGGUGGGAAAUUGGACUUCCUUGUGUUUGAUUAUCUGUCUGAAAUCACCAUGUCACUGCUUUCAGCAGCCAAAGCUAAAGCACCUAAUAUGGGAUACGCUCCUGAUUUUGUCCUUUCCCUUUCUCCAUUUAUUAAGGAUAUCAGCAAAAAAGGUAUUCGUGUGGUCAGUAACGCUGGCGGUGUCAAUCCUCUUGCCUGUGGAGCAGCUCUACAGGAAGUAGUUCAAAAGGCGGGGCUUGACUUGAAGGUAGCUGUGGUUACUGGUGAUGAGCUGAUGCAUCAGAAAGACUCUUUGACUGAACUCCGGAUGGCUGAUUCCGAGGGAAAGAAACCGCUUCCAAAAACCGUCCACAGCAUGAAUGCAUAUUUGGGCGCCCUCCCUAUUAAACGGUGCCUGGACCUCGGGGCUGAUAUUGUAGUGACGGGACGCUGCGUGGACAGCGCUGUGGUUCUUGGACCGCUGAUGCAUUCGUUUGCAUGGGACUGCAAUAACUAUGACUUGUUGGCUGCUGGAAGCCUUGCUGGUCAUCUGAUUGAGUGUGGUGCACAGGCCACAGGAGGAAUUUUCACAGACUGGCACACAGUUCCUGACUGGGAUAACAUGGGCUUCCCGGUGGUAGAAUGUUCUGUUGAUGGCUCAUUUACACUGUCCAAACCUCCAAAAACCGGUGGGCUGGUUUCAUUUGGUACAGUGGCAGAGCAGUUAGUGUAUGAGAUUGGAGACCCACAGCGUUACCUCCUGCCUGAUGUCACAUGUGACUUUUCCAAUGUCACCAUUACUGAGAUACCAGAUGUGGAUGGUGGAGCAGUGAAAGUAGGUGGUGCCAAAGGAUCACCGCCAUCAGGUGACUACAAGGUUUGUGCCACAUAUAUGGAUGGGUUCAGGGCGACGGCGGUUUGUCCUGUUGGUGGUCCGAGAGCUGUAGAAAAAGCCAGAAGAACAGCAGAGAGCAUUAUCAAAAGGACCCAGCACAUUUUCAAACAGCUGGGUUGGGAGGACUAUGCUGAAGUCAACAUUCAAGUUCUGGGAGCUGAGGACACAUAUGGACCACAUGCCGUCAAUACAAGUCCUCGUGAGGCUGUGGUUUGGAUGGCUGUCCAUCACAAGCAGAAGAAAGCAUUAGAGUUUUUCUCCAGAGAGGUGGCACCAGCGGGUACAGGCAUGGCUCCAGGACUCACAGCUAUUGUAGGAGGGCGACCAAGAAUAUCACCAGUGCUGAAGCCUUUCUUUUUCCUGCAUCCCAAAGCAGAUUUGGAGGUGCACAUUUAUGUGAAUGGGGAGUUUGUGGAGACACACAGAGAGGCAGUAUCAGACCCUUCAUUAACUGAAGGACACGACCCCUUCCUCCAUUCAGAGGAACAUGGCCAAGCACCCACAGAUCUGCCCUCUGGCCCGCAUACCUUCAGACUGGAGGAGUUAGCAUACACGCGCAGUGGAGACAAAGGGGACUCCUCAAACAUCGGGGUUAUUGCAAGACACCCACUGUAUUUCCCCUACCUGAAAAAGUUUUUAACUGCUGAAGUUGUGGAACAGUAUUUCCAACAUUUGAUCAGAAAGGAUCAGACUGACCUACCCUCUGUCAUACGGUACGAACUGCCUGGCAUUCAUGGUCUGAACUUCAUUCUUCAAAACUCACUUGGAGGGGGAGGGGUGGCGUCACUGCGCAGCGACCCUCAGGGAAAAGCUUAUGGGCAAAUGCUGCUUGACUACAAACUGAAAGGCCUUCCUAAUUUGAAAUCACUGGUCGAUUAAUAAAGGACAAGGACUAAAAGAUGUCAGGGGUGUGUUGAGAUUUCCCUUUUAAAAACUGCUUCAAAUGGAUAAUGUCAAAGAAAUGUGAUUUUAUAAUGUUUGAAAAUGCCCAGAUGGCUUAUAUUAUGAACUUUGUAGAAUGUAAACAGUGUUUUCCAUUUUAGUUUGUGUCUACUAACAGUUCCCAAACUGUUCAAGCAGUUCCACACGAUCAAAAUGUGAACUUUUGUAACAUAAAUGUGCCUUUUAUUAGUUUUUUAAAAUUAUUUUAUUUUGUGAUUAAUACACAUAAGAAUGAUUAGUAAAACAAAUGAGCAUUAAAAAUAAACAAAAUAAAAAAGCAUUAAAGAUAAACAAAAUAAAGAGCUAAUUGAAGCUGAAUGUCAGUUUUGGUGCGUCGUUGUUGAACAUGCAAGCACUUUGAUAUGUAGUGAGUACAUUAGAGAACGACGUCCUUCACUUAGUUGUGUUGAGUUGGUCACGUCUAACAGGCGAUGGCAAAACAAUAAACCCUUGAAGUCCAGAGCCACAAUGUUCUCAUAUUACCUCUGACCCCUAACGACACAGGAAGUCAGAGAGCAAAAGGUUUUUCCUCUUCUGAUGACUGAGUUUCUGUUUACCGUUAGAAUUUGCUUUAAUGCUGCUGGAAAAAGAGUACUUAUCAUUAAAGAAUGAUUGUCGAAAAUGUUCCAACCUCAACUACCUCAUGCAUUUUUAUUCACUGUGACGUUAACACAUUCUUUUGUCAGGUUUUAUGGGAAAUCGUUCAAACUGUGAUGUUUUGACCCGCAUUAGCAUGCGCUAACAGCAUGACCUCAGCGGUGCAGAGUGAUCAGUGGGAAGUGGACGGUGAGACAUGUGAAGAAUUCAUUUGUCAAUGGCUGACAGACAGAUCCAGCAGUUCUUCAUUGUGCGGAUGCAGAGCUUCUUGGCUUCAUCUUAAUGCAACAGUGUGUCAUUCACGGUCACAUAAACCAAAAUCACUCUCAUUCAAAACUCGCACAUUUAUCACAAGCGCAUUCAGCUGUCACAUACAGACAUUGGGAUGCUGGGGGACAAAACAGAGAAGGAAGAUAAAUGGCUUAUCAUUUAUCACCCGCUAUCUUUCAGCGCUGCACUGCUGUUCAAGCAAGCAACAGCUCUGAGAGAGAGAACCGAAUAAUCACUAAUCACUCAACAUUCAGCUUUUGCCCUCACUGGGACACCUUUGUUACCACUGUGACACUGAUUUCUCCUCCUGUCCAUCAUCGCUGUCCCCCAAAAGUGAACCUCAGGGGGAGGGCGGCUUUUUGGGGCAGCUUUAAUCCUUUUCUUUAUCUCUGAGUUAAGACUGUUUUGCAUCAUUUUGCUAACACUUCACCACUUAAUGUCCCGUUAAGCUCAAUGUGGGUUUUAUAAACUUUGCAUUAAGGAUUGUAUGGAGCUGGACUAUUUA